AUUGAGGCAGAAGUGCAGAGAAGAAAACAGUUAACUCAUCAGUCAGUGGAACGCAAAGCCAUCAUCUCAAAGUGCUACAGACGAAAACACCCUGAAGUGUACAUUCUGCAGGAUUCAUUCCUGGCCCCAGAUUUUCUAGAAAUCGUGAGAUACUGCACAUCACCAGAUGCUCAUCUCCACGGCCUCCUGCGCUACAUCGAGUCCUUCUCAGAUAAGAGGAUCUAUCGACUCCCAGUGUUCACGGAGGAAUUCUGCCAAGCCUUUGUGGAUGAGCUGGAGAACUUUGAGCAGUCAGACAUGCCCAAAGGCAGGCCCAACACCAUGAAUAACUAUGGGGUUUUGCUGAACGAGCUUGGGAUGGAUGAAACUUUGAUCACGCCCCUGCGUGAGAAGUACCUGCAGCCCAUAACGGCGCUGCUUUACCCCGAAGUGGGAGGCGCUUCUCUGGACAGCCAUAAAGCGUUCGUUGUCAAGUACUCGCUACACCAAGAUCUGGAUUUGAGCUCUCACUACGACAAUGCAGAAAUCACCUUAAACGUUUCGCUGGGAAAAGACUUCACAGAAGGCAACUUGUACUUCGGGGAUUUCAGCCAGGAUCCUACCCCCGUGCCAAAGUACAUAGAGAUCCAGCAUGUGGGAACCCAGGGGCUGUUACACCGAGGAGGGCAGAUCCACGGGGCACUUCCCAUUGCAUCCGGGGAACGCUGGAACCUCAUUGUUUGGAUGCGAUCGUCUGCUGUCCGCAACCAGCUCUGCCCCAUGUGCAACAAGAAGCCUGAGCUGGUGGAAGCAGAGGGGUUUGGAGACGGGUUCACAGAAACCCUUGAAGAUGAUGCGCCCGAGGCGGUGAAUCUCUGCUCCUUGUGGUAG